UGCUCCCGUUGCCAAGCAACGCGUGUGUUUGAAACGCAGAAACGGGAAUCUCUAGCUCGUAUCUGUCCGUAAAGUGAAGCAGAAGAUGAAUGUUGAGCUGAGCUCCGAGCGCGAGGCCAGACUGAGCCUGGAAAGGCGCCGCCACCGGGAAGCGGAGAGACGACUGCGAGUUUUUGACGACAAACUCAGGACGAUGGGGGUCGACACAGAAGUCCUGGAUGCGCAGGUGCAAGAAAAGAAGAGACAAGAAGGAAAAGCCAAACAGGAACAAGCAGCUUUUGAUGCUGAUGUGCUCCAUCAAAGUAAAGCCGCCGCUGUUCUCCAGAACCGGCAGACGAAGCAGAAGCUGGCGCUGCAGAAAGCUCUGGAGACCUUCAGAUCUCAGAACCAGCAGCCUCAAACGCGGCGAGAGUUCGACCUGAACGACCCGGACAGCUGGAAGAAAACGGACCAGAGUGACGCUCAGAUGAUCCUCCCGGGCCUGGUGGGGGAGGACCCGACGAAGAGCAGCAGAGAGCAGAGGCAGAAGGAGCAGCUCAGAGAGUGGCUCAUCCAGCAGCAGGCGGAGCUCGACGCCUCCAGGAGUCAGCAGGAGGAGGAAGAGCAGAGACACAACCGGAGCAGAGAAGAAACACUCAACAGAGCAGGAGAACAUCUGCAUCUCCAGGCAGAGCGAAGGAAAGAGGCCGCAGUUGCCACUCAAAACUACAAUCUGGCCAUGAUUGAAGAGAAACAUCGGCGAAAGCAGCAAAAUGACCCUGAUUAUGAUCAGGAAACGGCUGCGGUGCCUGGUUUCAGUCCGAGCGCCGACGUGAGACCCCCCCCUGAGACCGUGCAGCAGGUCAUUCAGUUCCAGAAAUACCAAAUACAGGAAAAGAAGAGAAUAGAGAUGGAGAAAAAACAAGAGGACGAGCGCCACGAACGCGUCCGCCUGGACUCCGCCCGCGCCGCUCUGCUGAUGGAGAGGCGGCAGGCCAGGCUGGGCAAGCAGCUGAGGCAGCAGCUGGACAGCGCCAACGGUCAACUGGCCCAGACGCACAAACAGCAGAAACCGGAUAUCGAGAGGGGGCAGAUCGACGAGAGCUUCUUCCUCAAGUUCAACACCUGCAGCAGGUGACCGACGAAACUCUGCCAGAAAAGCUGCCAAGAGUCCCGACGCCGCUGCUUCACCAACAAGAAUUCAACUUUUUUUAUUAUUAUUCAAAUUCCUCCUAAGGUCGUCUGCAUCACAGCCACAGUUGUUCAUUUCCACAAAAUACAGUUUGACAAAUAAUUUGCCACAAAACCAGCAAACACAAAGCUAGCAGGAAAAAUACACAACCAUAAUGACAACACAAAGCUUUAAGUAGCCCUGACAUAUAUCACUCAAACGCACACAACUGAACAGGAAGUGCAACAACCUAAAACAUCCCCAAAAAACUCCCUCUGCGCAAAAAACGGAAGAAAACAUUUAAUGGCAUUUCCAUUUUCUGAAGAAAA